CCACCAAACAUUUGGCUGGUUUUGCAACAGAGUUGAGAAAGGCAAACAGUCUCCGGUAUUCAUGGGAAAAGGACUGAGAUUAAACAAGGACUACCGGCUUUGAGGACGGGGGAGGAAGAUGAGACCUCCCAGCCCUCUCCUGAUCCUGCUGUACUUCACCCUGUCCAAGAGUGUGAAAGUGGUCUCAAAGAGAGGCUCAGUGGACGGCUGCACAGAUUGGUCAGUGGAUUACAAGAAGUACCAGGUGCUUCAGGGUGAGGCAGUGCGUCUGAAGUGCGCUCUCUUCUAUGGUUACAUCCGGAGCAACUACAGCCAGGCCCAGAGUGGGGGCCUCAGCCUCAUGUGGUACCGCAGCUCCGGCCUCGGCCACACCGACUUUGAAGAACCAAUCUCAUUUGAUGGAGUGCGCAUGAGCAAGGAGGAGGAUGCCAUCUGGUUCAGACCUGCUGACCUUCAGGACAUGGGACUCUACUCAUGUGUUUUACGAAACUCUACGUACUGCAUGAAGGUCUCCAUGGCUCUGGCUGUGGCUGAAAAUGACACAGACCUCUGCUACAACUCCAACAUGAGAAUAACUGAGAAGGCUGAGCUCAGUAGGAGGUUCCACAUCCUAUGUCCAGAAAUUGAUGACUACGUUGAACCUGGGAAGGAGCCUGAUAUCACGUGGUACAAGGAGUGUCGUCCCAAAAAGUGGCGGGCCACUAUCUUCCAGAGGGGAGACAAGUUGUUCUUUCAAGAAGUGAAGGAGGACGACAUUGGGAAUUACACCUGCGAAAUCCAGUUUGGCGGCUUUGUUGUCAGAAGGACGACGGAACUCACAGUAACUGCUCCUAUAACCGUCGACCCGCCAAAGAUCCUGUUUCCAGCAGAAAAUAAGACGACAAACAUGGAGACACAACUCGGAAAUUGAUGACUUUACAAAUCGUCUUCCCCACACCUCGGGGCAACACACGCAGAUCAGUGAUGUCGCUCAUUUGUUGGGGAGAUGGUGAAAAUGAAAAAGUGGUUUCUGUGUAUGCUAAUUGUGGGUGCUACUAUCCCUAAGGCUGUUUUGUCAACAUUGAAGAGCCCAUAUGGUACCGAGGUUCUGUGCUCUGGCUCGCCACAUUGAGAGGCGGCUGCUUUCUGUCACCGUUGUUUGUCUUUUUUGGCGUGAGGUCACUAUGGGACUACCAUGUGGGCAUGCAUGCAAGAGCAAGUAUAUGCGAGUGGUUUGUUUGUUUGUUGUUUUUUUGUUGUUGUUUUUUUCCCUGACAGCAUAUUGCUUGAUUUCUGGGCACAGUCCUCUGUCCGCAUGGCGCUUGCCACGCUGCGAAUGGCUAAUGUGUCUGUCACAGUGCAGCCAAUCAGACAAGACUGAGAGGUCUGGAGAAUCGGAGAAAGAUUGGAAGAGUUUGUGACACAAAGGGGAGGUAUGAAGACAAAGCCCAAAGAAGGUCCAAUAAUUCACAGAGAGUCUGCCUUUUGUCUUCAAUCUGAUGCUGCUGGAAUGCAGGUAGUUCAUUUGAAAUGCCUCCACGGUUGGCUGAUCAAGGGUGAAAAAUUGCUGCUGUUGAUAAACUGACAGGCACAGCCUCACAUGUCAGCCGACUCACACCCAUGCAUGAACAGGUUGCACAAUGCGGGCCCUUAAGCUAUUUGUGUCAUUUGUCUCUAUCUUUACUCCACUGAGAUUCAGGAAAGGUUUGGCUUUUCCCAUGAAAAUGUCUCACAAUUGUUUAAAUCCUCAUUGUUUGCUCCGUGACUGUGUGUUUUUGUUUGCUUGUGUUGUUUUUGCUGUACUCUGCAUACAUGUGCAGUAAAUGGCUACGGGCUUUUAU